CAUGGGCUGAAUCCUGCUCCCAGCUGUCUACUCCAAAACUCUGAAAUGAACAACCAGACCAGACCAACUAAGUUCACUCUCAUUUACAAGAGGUGGAGAAAUCCUCAUCCAGGGGAUGAUGGGUAUUUUGAGGAUUACACUGGGGAGGACCCAGGAGCUAACAAAGAUACCUGUGCCAUAGACUCUGCUACAGCUGAUUCUGGGAACAGGCCAUCCAUGAACAACCCUGGAAAUAAUACAACUGGAGAAACCUUCACAGUUGAUGAAGCUCUGGAGGCCAUCGGAUUUGGAGUGUUCCAGUGGAAAAUCUCGCUCCUCACUGGUCUGUCAUGGGUAGGAGAUGCAAUGGAGAUGAUGAUCCUCAGCAUCCUGGGCCCUCAGAUGCACUGUGAGUGGGGGCUCCCCAGCUAUCAAGUGGCACUCAUAACAUCGGUGGUCUUUAUUGGGAUGGGGUUUGGUUCACCUCUGUGGGGAAAUGUGUCUGAUAAGUAUGGCAGAAGAGUUGGUCUGACAAUUUGCAUGUGUUGGACUCUGUACUACGGCCUGCUCAGUGCCUUUGCUCCAGUCUAUGGCUGGCUCUUGGCUCUUCGUGGCCUUGUGGGUUUUGGCAUCGGAGGAGCACCACAGUCGGUGACAAUGUACUCUGAAUUUCUCCCAGUGAAGGCUAGAGGCAUCUGCAUCAUGUUGAUUGCGGCUUUCUGGGCAGUUGGUGCUGUGUUCGAGGUCCUCCUGGCCCUCUGGGUAAUGCCCACGCUGGGCUGGAGGUGGCUGCUGGGUCUGUCCACCAUACCAAUGGCCAUUUUUGUUUGUUUCUGCUUUUGGCUGCCUGAAAGUCCUCGUUUCGAUGUGCUGAUAGGAAGAAGAGAAAAAGCUAUAUUAACUCUAACACGCAUUGCCAACGACAAUGGCAAGCCUAUGCCUCCGGGGAAGUUGGUGGAUUAUAAACAGACUGACCGUGGACAGAUUAAGGAUCUCUUCUCGCAUCAGUAUCGAAAGACAACUCUUCUUCUCUGGUUUAUAUGGUUUGCAAAUGCCUUCUCCUACUAUGGAAUCGUCCUUUUGACCACCGAGCUCUUCCAAGCAGGAGAUUUAUGUGGAGAAAACCAAGGUGCCAAAAUAGAACCGAGCUGCAGCCUCGAAUGUAAAUAUUUAACGUCAGAUGACUACAAGGAUCUUUUAUGGACAACCUUGGCUGAAUUCCCAGGUCUUUUAGUCAUCGUUGGGGCAGUGGAAUAUAUCGGAAGGAAGAAAAGCAUGGCACUCUGUUUCUUUAUGUUUUCUUUAUGCAUUCUUCCACUGUUUGCUUGCAUUGGGAGGACGGGUCUUACAAUCUUUAUCUUCAUCUGUCGAGCUUUUAUCUCUGGAGGAUUCCAAGUUGUUUUUGUCUACACACCAGAGGUGUUUCCUACAGAAAUCAGGGCUUUAGCAAUGGGGACCUCCAGUGCAAUGUCUAAGUUUGGUGCACUGAUAACACCCUUCGUGGCUCAGGUGCUGCUCAGGACUUCUAUCUAUUUGACCCUCUCAGUGUACUGUGGCUGCUGUCUUCUGGCUGGCAUCGCAUCCUUGUUCCUGCCCAUUGAGACGUUGGGUAAGGGUCUGCAGGAGUCCAACCUUGAUCAGGAAACUCAGGGGCAAACGACACCCACAAGCAGCCAACCAAGCUCUACAACACACUCCAUGGACGAGGGGUAGCGCAAUAAGGCAGGAAAGAAAAUAAUAUUUUGUCAGUUCACCGACCCCUCCAGGCACAAAAUUUGCUCAUUCAUUUUUGCAACGUUUCCCAAGUAACCCUAUCUCAAUUCAUACAUAGGUCAUAUAUAGUAUUGCUUUGGUCUUUAGUUGCAUGAAUUGAGUUCUGUCAUAUCUAGAAGCAAGUUCUUCUCCCCCCCAAAAAACAAUUGCCAUCAAUCAUGGUAACAUCUUUCACAUAUUUAGUUAUUGGGACUGCAGAUUAUUGCAAUCAGGCAUUCCUUGAAAUUUAUUUUUAUGGCAACAUUUCAGUAUUCAUGAAUAAUGUUCAAAAAUAAAUGUUUUGACACAUUAUAAAAGUAUUUUUUUUAGCAUUUUCAACAGCUUCAGUAGCUACCCAAUUCACUGGUGUAGGUAUACUCAGUACACCUUUGCAGUUUAAAAUAGUCCAGCACCCAUAAAUUGUGACAUCAAACAGGUUGUCCUCAGUACUGAUAUCAUAGAGCACUAGACCCUCUUUUUCCACCCACACUCAGAGUUCAAAAGUUCAAAAAUACACAGUCAUCUUUUUUUUUCUUUUUUGGUUCAUGAAUGACUAUGACUUGUUGGCAGGAUAAAAUAAUGUAAUACUACACCAGGCUGUAUUUUCAGCCUGUGAUGUGAUAGCUUUGUUGCAACUUGUCAAAUAUCGUGGUUUUCUUACAGUAUAAAUUGAAACCAAGUCUUUUUGUCUAUUCCAUUAAUAUCGUGAUGUGAUGGAUAAGAGAUACUGUCAUUACUGUCCUUCAGUUGUAUGUGUACAAUUGUCUACAUCUAUUGAGAAAAUAACUCCCAAAAUAAACAUGGAAUAAAAUUGAUUGCGGUUUUAUACUAACUCAGCUGAGUGAAAUUUCUGAACGGCGAUAAUAAAAAAUAUAUAUUUUAGUUCGAUGGAUACAAGAAACGUUAAUACCAAACUAAUAUUGAAGGUGCAAAGUCUUCAGUUAUGAAAUUAAUUAAUCAUCAGUAAUUAAUUAUUAAUUCAAUUAAUCAAAUGCACUUGACUAAUUGCUCAUCAGCAAGUGUGAAAAGGUUGCUAGCAUGAAAUAUUCAGGUUUAACACAAUGCAAAGGAGGAAGACGAGAGUGAAUACAAAAAAAAAAAACUGUCUUCAUUUCAGACUUUCCACACCUUAUUUAGCUAUUAAAUGAUAAAGUUCAUGACAGUACAAUUAGACAAAGAUUGCACAGAUAUUACUUGUUUGGAAAGCCUCUGCUUUCAAAUAACAUUGUAAGCACACAUUAGGUUUGCAAAGACUUUUGGGACAAUGACCUUCGGACAGACGAGCCCAAGCCCAAAUUGGAAACAACAUUUCUGUGUAUUGUGAAAACAAACUCAGCUUAAUAAAUUUCACAGGAAUAUGGGAUUCUGGCUUCAUUGAUGAGGAUCAGUACUCGAGUUGAGGGGGGAUGAGGGGGGAUGG